GUGGAUGCUGGAGCAGCUCAGUCUGAAUCAGGAGCUGGAGCCGGAGCCGCUGUGGUGAAGCUGCGUCAGGUCCUGGUUCUUGGUCCAGCAUCUUUCUCUUUCUUCUGCCACCCCCUCCAUCUCCUACUACGUCCUCAUUAAAAAGAAAAAUAAUAACAAUACUAGUAAAAGAAAAAGAUGGACCGCGCGUCGCUGUGAAUCUGGAUUUGGAGCUCCCACACACGCAGUAAUAAUUAGGAGGAGGGGGAUCAGCCUGGACCCGGAGGAGCUCAUCAUGAUGUCCUCUUACUACCACCCGGCUAAGGAGGCGGACUUGGCGGCCAUGACGGAGCCGCUGUGCCUUGAAAGAGACGUGUGCAGGGUCAUCGAGCUGCUGGACCGACUUCAGCGGACCGGUGAGCUGCCUCCUCCCAAGCUGCAGGCCCUGCAGAGAGUCCUGCAGAGCAAGUUCUGCGCUGCCAUCAGAGAGGUGUACGAGCAGCUUUACGACACUCUAGACAUCGUUGGAGGACCAGAGGUGCGAGCGCAGGCAACAGCCAAGGCCACGGUGGCAGCCUUUGCAGCCAGCGAAGGUCACGCCCACCCGAGGGUUGUGGAGCUGCCCAAGACGGAAGAAGGACUGGGCUUUAACAUCAUGGGCGGCAAAGAGCAGAACUCUCCCAUCUACAUCUCCAGAGUCAUCCCUGGAGGGGUGGCAGACCGUCAAGGAGGGCUGAAGAGAGGGGAUCAGCUGUUGUCCGUCAAUGGGGUGAGUGUGGAAGGGGAGCACCACGAGAAGGCUGUGGAGCUGCUGAAGGCCGCCCAAGGUUCAGUCAAGCUGGUGGUCCGCUACACCCCGAAGGUCCUGGAGGAGAUGGAGGCUCGCUUUGAGAAGAUGAGGAGCGCCCGGAGGCGACAGCAGCACACCAGCUACUCGUGAGGCUGCUUAUCUCUAGAGUCCAGGGGGUAGCCGCUCCAUCACCUCCGUCCUCCUCAUCGUCCAGCCCUCCCGAUUCUUCUGUUCCGGUGGGAGCCAAGAACAUAGACGGAAG